GUCAGGCUGGCGCCGUGGUCACUCCUUACUGCUGUUUAUUAGUCGAGAACUGAAACGAAUGCUCUUUUUGAAAUCAUUUAAUGCUCUAUGUAGAGUCCACUAAACCGAGUUACUUUUCAGGCGAAGGAAAGUGCUGCGGCGGAGAAGGAGAGGAGGAAGAUGCAGGAGAAGGAGAUGAAGGAGAAGUACGACUCGAAGGCGGCGGAGGCGACCAACCUGCAGAAGGAGUACGACUCGAAGGCGGCGGAGGCGGCCAACCUGAAGAAGGAAAACGGAGACAUCAAAGAGAAACUGAGGAAAAAGGAAGCAGAAAUCAAACAAGUAGAGACCGAGUGCGAGGCCAAGAUGCGGGACACGAACACAGCCUACAACGCCAAGGAGGACGAGGCAAACGACCUGAAGAGGGAGAAGGGAGACCUGAUGCCAGAGAUAGGAAGAAAGGAAGAGGAGAUCAAAGAGCUAAAGGGCCGGGUGAAGAGGGCGCGAAGGGACCGGCAAAGGGGCGAGAGAGAGGCCGGGGCCGAGAGGGAAGGCUUCAGGGCGCAAAUCGCAGGCCUCGAGGAACGCAGUGCGUCUCUCCAGUCUCGUCUGAAGAAGAAUCGCGCAAGAAUCGAGCGCUGACGACGCAGAUCGCAGAGAAGGAGAGCGAGCUCACGCAAGCCGAGGCAGAUCACGAGAAAAGGGUGAAGAACCUCAAAAAAAGGGAGAAGAGGAAAGAGAAAGAGGCAGCCGAGGAGAGAGGCGAGCUUGAGAGCGAGCUCAAGAGACGAGACAAGAGGAUCGAGGACCUCAAGAGGCAGUUGCAGGAGCAGGAAGAGAAAGUGAAAUGCGUUCUUUCUUCGCUGGGAGAUUCUCGCCUCAAGGAAAUGGAGCCGCCCCGAGACCCAGAGGCGCCGGGCCCUGGCCAGCCCUCGGCCGCGGGCAGGAGCUCGGGGAGCAGCUGGCAGCGGCGACACUCCGCAUGCAGCUGCCAGGGACGGGGCGAGAGCAGCGGCAGGCGGGGGAGACAAGCCUCGGCAAGCAACUGGCAGAAAGGGCAAGGCCAGGAAGGCACCGGAGGACGACGAGCCACUGCGAGCAGCAGGCAUGGAUGAGCGUCCGGAGGCAGCAGGCACGAGGGGAAAGGUGCGGCAAAGGGCAGCCAGGAUGGCCGAGGGCGAGGUGGCAGCCGAGGGCGAGGUGGCAGCCGACGAGGCGCCGCAAGAAGACAGCGACGCGGUUACUCCGGAAGACGAGACCGAUGAAUCAAUGUGAUUUCAUCAAGCAUAAUAAUCUGAAAUAAUAUGAAAUAAGUGUGUAU